AGGCCACCUGAAUGACCUUGAAAAUAUUGUCCCAUUUCUUGGCAUUGGACUGCUGUAUGCUCUUAGUGGCCCUGAGCUGUCCACAGCAUUGCUGCAUUUCAGGAUCUUCACUGGGGCUAGGAUCGUUCACACUUUUGCAUAUUUGAUCCCUCUUCCCCAGCCCAGCAGAGGUUUGUCUUGGGCAGUUGGGUAUGCAGUGACCAUCUUGAUGGCAUACAAAGUGCUGAAGACAGCGUUGUACCUGUAGCAGAGUCAUAGCUUCUGUGUACCAUUCAACAUUCCAUACAGAGCUUCCAGCAGUGUAUGUUGAUGUCUUGAAAGAGCCAGCAUGAGUUUUCCAUGGUGAC